AUGCUUCUCUUCUUCAUUCUCGCUCUUCUUCACGCCGUUUCGGUCUUUGCGAGCGGUAACAUUGUGCUUGUUUGUACGAAAGACGCUCUUUACAGCUCUCUGUACCAGAAUGGCCGGCAGUUUUGUUCGUCUGUCCUUGGCAAGCCGCCCUGUGAGGUUGUGACGCCAACGGCUUACGCGACCUAUGACCCGGCUGUGAUUUCUUCCCGCUGCAGCUGUGUAUUGAUGGACAAAUGUCUUCCUCGCCCGACGGACAGCUCCUCAACGACAACCCGAGCGGCCAGCUCGACUGUGUCUUCUACAUCGAGCUCACAUCUUAGUCGUAAUAGGACUUGCUCCGACCAUGCUACUUCGACUGCUGCAGGUGGGACGAGCUCGACUAAGUGUGCUGCUUCGCAUACUGUGUCAUCAAGCUCGAACCGGACUACGGUAGACAUAGAUUCAACGGCGGUCUACACCUCCUCGUCAGUGUCAACCUCGUACAUGUAUACCAAUAGUUCUUCGAGCAUUUCCUACUCAAAUACAACCAGCUCGGUUUCACCAACCGCUACAGUGUCAAGCGUUCUCUCUGGAAUAACUUCCAGCUCCAGUUCAACGCACUCUCUCAACUCAUCCACCAGCAGUGUCACACACUCGACAGAUACUCAAAGCAGCUUUAAACCUUGGUCUUCAUCACAGUCCAGCUCCACGAACGGUACCUCGAGCAAGACCUCAAUCUCGUCAACUUCAGAUAGUGUGACUGAUUCGUGGCUGCUUCCAACCAUUACUCUUACUCCGAUUCCUAGUGCAAACAUUUCAACGGUGCAUUUGACCCUUCCAGGAUCGAGUUUGUUGUCCACUUCUACAAAUGCGACUUCUACCGUCAACAGGACGGUUCCAGUGUCUCUAUUAACGCAUGAUUCCACGUCCGGUAGCAUUAGUUCCAAGACGUCGUCAUUGCUUGUUUCAACAAUCAACACGACUACAACACAGACUCUUUCCAAAUUGAGCACCUCUGCGUACAUCUCAACCUCAGCUUCCACUACUUCCUCGCCCUCUCUUUCAGUUGCCAACUUUACGCUAGUGACCCGUACAGCGGCAAUCGCAGAGGAGACUUGCUACCAGUUUCCCCAAGAUCCGGAUGCCGGAAACAAAGAUCGCAGCGCAACCUUGCAUAAUGACCAAGUCGCGGAGCGAAAUAUUACGCUUCCUUCCCCAUAUAUCGAGUCGGUAUUCUUCGACUCGGCUGGGAUCGAUCCAAUCUUUCUCACGUUGUGGGACGCAUUGAACGGAACCUACUACAUGGACGUGUCUAACAGAAGUCGUGUAUCUAUCAUGGACUCUCAAAAGAAUUCGAUGCUCAUCGACGCGAAUGGGAUUCAUUUCUCUACCAACACCUGUGCAUUCGACGUUUCCAUCACCAUCCAAGACAUGUACGAGCAGUUGGAAAGUCUUUCGGGCGAAGUUUGCGCCAAGUCCAUCUCCAACAAGCGCUCCAUGGAAGAGUCCAGCUUCGAACAAGUCCUUUUUCUCAAGGAUCAAUGCGGAAACGGCAUCAAACGGGCCCUCCGGACAUAUCCUACCCUCAGUGUUGGCGAUUCGGACUGCAUGGACACAGAGGUGGACUCAUCCACAGGCAAGUGGACUUUUCUGUGUCCAUUCCCUGGCUCAGAUUCUGGAAAUAGUAGGUGUCGCGCCUCCGUAAACAACGACAUUGUUCGGUUCUUGUUCACGGAUCCAUUCGGCGAAGCCUGUCCCGACCUGUCCACGGUGGCGACCACUCUCGCAGCCACGGCUCGAGAUUUUCUCAACGAGCAUUCCCUCGAAGAGGAGCUAUAUCAGCUACCUCUCAGUGGGACGCAAAAGAGCCAAGUUGACGCCACGGUCAAAAAGUACGGCCAACUAUGGAAUGUCUUCAAACAGGCCUUGGCCAAGGGUACGGCGGGCACGCCUGGCCAAGGGAGCAGCACACUGGAGCAAUACAUCAACAUGUACAACAAGUAUCGAAGUUUCGAGGGUGACAUCUGCAACGACUUGCAUGCUGGCGAUCUCCCGCUCAACAUGAGCCUCCGAGCUGGUGUGACUACAAUAGACUCGAUUACGUCGCUGAAGGCAGCGCCGGAAAACCCCAAGCCAUUCAACAUUACUGUUCAAGACUCGAAUCAAAUAGCUUGCUGUAAAAACGGUAGCAAGUCUUCGUUGAAUAGGCCCCGGGGAACCUGCUCGUAUCCGGAAAACGCCACUGUUGGGGAUUCAGAUUGUGUUUGUGGACAGACUCCGGGCGGUGACGCCAUCGCGUUUGAGUACAUGGAGUGCGCCAACUUUGUGAGCCGGUGCACGUCCGAUGAUGAUUGCGCAAAGGCGGGAUAUAAGACGUACAAGUGUCUUACUGGAAGUUGCUGCGGAGGAGGUGUUUGCUUUGAUCCCUACGCUUGUUCGCAGAAAGGGGUACCGUUGAUUUGA